AUCGGUGCGCCGAUAGCCAGGGAACUGCCCAGACUGAACGGCGGCCCGGUAGAUAGCCACGGCGGCCCGACCGGCCUAAACAUCUGUAGCAAAACCCUAACGCCCGAUCGAUCUAUUAUAUAUUCGCAGUCGCUCCUCAACAUUUCCAUCCAAACCUAGGGUUUACCUUCUGCCGCCGCCGCCGCCGCCGCCAAAUCAUCUCCCUCCCCCUCCCUUCUCCAACAUGGCUCUUCAGAUCAGCAAGAAGCGAAAGUUCGUUGCCGACGGCGUGUUUCUGGCCGAGCUGAACGAGAUGCUGACCCGCGAGCUCGGGGAGGACGGCUUCGCCGGCGUCGAGAUCCGGGUCACCCCCAUGCGCACCGAGAUCAUCAUCCGCGCCACCCGCACCCAGAACGUCCUCGGCGAGAAGGGCCGGAGGAUAAGGGAGCUGACGUCGGUGGUGCAGAAGCGCUUCAACUUUCCGGACGGCGGCGUCGAGCUGUACGCCGAGAAGGUCCUGAACCGCGGCCUCUGCGCCGUCGCUCAGGCCGAGUCCCUCCGCUACAAGCUGCUCGAUGGCCUCGCCGUCCGAAGAGCGUGCUAUGGUGUACUCCGAUUUGUCAUGGAGAGUGGUGCGAAGGGCUGUGAGGUUAUUGUGAGUGGGAAGCUUAGGGCACAGCGUGCUAAGUCCAUGAAGUUCAAGGAUGGCUAUAUGAUCUCUUCUGGCCAUCCUGUCAACCAGUAUAUUGAUGGAGCUGUGAGGCAUGUUCUUCUGAGACAGGUUUGGGGCCUACUUCAAAUGGAAGGGUGUGCUGGGUAUCAAGGUUAAGAUCAUGCUUGACUGGGAUCCGAAGGGGAAACAAGGACCAGCUACACCUUUACCUGACCUUGUUACCAUCCACCCUCCUAAGGAUGAGGAUGAGUUCCUGAGGCCUCUUGCAGCAGAAAUUGCAGUUGCUUAAAAGUGAAAAAAAAUUCCAUCUGCCUAGUGGUAUAUAAGAGUUUAGGUUGACUGAUGCUAUGGUUUCAGAUUAUGUAGUUAUACUUUUUUAUUUAUGAUGGAUGUGUACUGGUACAAAAGGGCUUAACCUUUUUAAGUUCUAUCAUCAGUAACAAAUAUAUGAUUCCAGAUUUA